GUUCCUGCUCCUCGUUGGAAUGUCUAUAGGUCGUUCGGUUCCAGUGUAUGAUGAAAACCUCAGCGGCGCACAGUUCGGCUGUAGUGCCGAGAAAAGUGGUCGAGAGAUUCACAAGAAUGCAGCAACUUGUUGUCAGGUAAAGUUGUAAGAACGAAGUGAGAAGUAGACCAGCAACGGUCAGCACUGUUUUUGGUCUCGUCUAUGCUAAGUACAAGAAAAGAAGCAUCGUUUCCCUUUACUUCGAUACGUUUUCUUCUGCUACAAGUAUUAACUUGACUUUCUCCACUCACAUUUGGGCACAUCAUCAUCAGUUACUGUGUACUUUUUUUCCGUAAACUACGCAACGCACAAAUCUGCUAUAUCUGACCUACCGGGGGUUUUGGCUAUUGCAUUGUACUAUUCCCGUUUUGAAUAUUCCCGUUUUGUUGUGCUUUACCAGGCGGCGUUUUGACUAUUCCCGUUUUGUUGACUUUUGCACUGUACUAUACCAGGGGUUUUGAUUGUUCCCGUUUUGCUGUACUGAUACCGAAGCACUUCAAUUUCUUAUAUUCAAAUCGCCAUAAACAUUUGGACAAGACGAAAAUGGCCCCGGUCAACAUUGUCCUCCGGCGUCCUCGCGCAGCAGCGCUUCCUUUGUUCUUGGCCAGCAAAGCAGGUACUGUCGCGCAGCUGAGUAUUAGCUUCCCGCCUCUGGUAGCAGGUAUCUUCCACAGGACGAACGCUCUCGACGAAGAGGAUGAACCAAAUGGACUAUCGCAUGCGGAUGUGGCAAACGAGAUCGGCCGCGCUAAUAUUUCUACAUCAACAUCGUCCGCUGGUGGUGCCUUCGAAAAAUCCGAACCCGAAGCCAGUCAAGUCGACACGCAUAAAAAUUCUGAAUCGCUUUCGUCCAGUACUAUCAGUGUCAACGACGCGGCGACCAAGAGGAGCCCGCAUUUUUCUUCUGAGGAGGCGGGCGACCACGACCUCGACCACCUGGAGGACGUCGUUGACAUAGUCUGCUCGCCGAAACAAGCUCCCCAACAUGAUGUUGAAGGUACUAAGCAUGGUGAGGAUCAUCAAACUGUCGACACUUGCACCUUCGACUUGCCUUUUCAAUGUCCCGGUAGUAGUACUACUAGUGCUGCUGCAGCUUCUUCGACCACCCCACCUUCGUCCUACCCUCGUAAGUUCGACGUGAUUUACUCCGACGGGUUUAUUGACCACUGUCGAGGUGGAAAUAAAGACAAAGUUCUCCCGCAAAUUGUGGUGGACAGUCAUGGCUACAUGACCGAGAGCACUGAGUGGGAGCGAGACUGGACCAAAUUGUCGACGAAAACCAACCUGGCUCUGUACUCCAAGCAGCUGGGAAAUCGCCCGGUCAUGUACAUCACGGCGUGGGGCGCCGAGGACACCAUGGACUUGGACAAAUUCCAAGUUCCGCACCGCAAAAACAUUCCCAACACCGCCGGGUGGAACGGGUUGGGCUGGGGGGAUUCUUUCCAAGGGAGCUUAGAAGACCCGUAUUUCUGCCAGCUUCCUGAGUUAAACCCCUUUAUCGCCGGCCGGGUUUACCCUUGCUACGAAACGCAUUUGAAGUGCGGUGGAAGUUGUUACCGGGCUCCACCGAAUGAAGAGAUGGGCACGUUCGCGUAUUCACCUGAAUUUUGCGGGACCAUGUCAGUGCAGGACGAUCUAGCCUACAUGAGAAAAGUGCUGACCUGGGCAAGAAAUCACACCGCGGAAAUCUGCGACGCGAAGAAGUCCUCUGCCGAAGUGCUCUUGUUUGGCCAGUCCAUGGGCGGGAUUAUGUCGCUUGAAGCUGGGAUCAAACUGCGCAGCGAGGGGCUGGUAGACCUGAUUGCCCCGGUUUCGGCUGGUGCGGCGCGCGGGUACUGGAGUGAGUUGAGCGGGUACAAGAAGUAUGGAAAUGAUAGUAAGGACAUGACGGAAUCUUCUACUGCUGCUUCUGCUAGCGCUCCUCGUCCGACAGGGAAACAUGAUGUUGACGUAGUUGGCAGGAAAAGGAAAAUGAACACCAAAAGUGAAGAAGAAAGCACGAUGGAAAAAUGGAUGCAGAAUCUGUCCGGGCUGAAGGUUCUUCUUUUGCACGGGGUAUACGACGAGACUAUUCCGCCCUGCCUGGCAAAGGAGUUUACAACAGCCCUCUUCCCCGGGCUACAGGUGCCUGCAAACCGGUCGAUUGACGUGCAAAACAAGAUAGACAAAUUUCAGGACGGGGGAAAAGAGUAUAUCAACACGCUGAGGAACAGAAUAAAUGGCAAAGCACGACAAGAUUUUUGUACUGGAACUACACAGGAACAAAGAACCUCUUCCUCUACAACAACGUACACUGAGAAGUACUGCGUUGAUGAAAGUGGGUACUUCCACCCCGGUACGGAAUCUUCCGCCGUGUUUCUCACGGGCAAUGAGGGCGGUCGCGCAACGCGGACGUUGUUUGACCCGGAAUCUGCGAACGAAGUGUACUACAAGCUGUAUGUGGGGAAGUACGUGGUCGCUGCACAGGAGGAUGAAAUAAAUGGUGGUGAAAGCAGUGUCACUACGCCGCGCGGCGGGCCUGGAGAUGGAAAGGGAACUGGGAAGAUGAAGGAAGAACGACUGGGAGAAAACAAGAGCGUCGGCGACAUUGGAGCGCUUUUUGUCCGUGAAUCCGCCGACGGACAAGGGAUCAUUCUGACGCCGGACAAGGUCAGCAUCUCCCGUGCAGGAGGUGGUUCAUCAUCUCCUUCUGCUGGCGUCUCGGCUUCGUCGUCCUCUGGGGCGGUCCCUCUUGACGAGUCUACGUGGUCUUCUGCCACAGCACAGUUUAUAGCCCCCUUUUUCCUGGGUUGGGAGAGCCUGGGAGAGGAAAAUCAGCAACGCCAACGCGUCACAAAAAAAAAAAACUCGCUGGAUUAUCUAAUCCCCAGCGUAUGGUGA